AUGUUGAAUUCGAAUGGUUGGCAGGAUAGUGAAAUUCCAAUGAUUAAAAGUAUCAGUGAGUUAUGCUCGGCACACAAAUAUGAAAAGAAAUAUUGGGAUCUUCUGAAGGAAAGAUGCUCUCCAGAUAUAUGUCAGAAAUUAGAGGAACAAGAGGUGGACUAUGAAACUUUCUUAAUGCUUACCAAAGCUGAAUUUAUCUCAUUUGGUAUCAAUCGUUCUGAUGCACGUAUUCUUAUUAGCAUUCAGAAAAUGUUGAAAGAAGAAUUAAGCAAAAUCUGA